CCAUGCUGCUGCUCCGUCCAGUGGGUGAAGGUAGGUGGAGCUCCAACUUCGCUCUGGAGCUGGAGACUGGAGAAGAAGACCUCCCUGGCUAUGGAGGAGUAGUGGUAGGAGGCAGUACUGAGGCCUUGGCUAUGGAGGUAGAGGGUGCAGUGCCCCAUCCCAGGCUUAGCCUGUGGAGAAUUGCGAGAGAAGGCUGAAGAGAAUCAGGGAGGAGAGAGAGAGAGAGAGAGAGAGAGAGAGAGAGAGAGAGAGAGAGAGAGAGAGAGAGAGAGAGGAACCAACAUGAGAGGCUCGCAUGUGGCUAUGGUUGACCUGCAUCUUCACUUCCUGGGUGGUGCAUCUAGAAGGCCCCUGUGUCACUGUGUGGGUUCCAGUUGGUCUUGGACUCCUUUCGAGAGUAUGUCUGUGGUGGAUGGAGGUGUGAGAGACAUAGUGGAGAUUGAAUUUCCCUUUGAACAUCCGUGAUGACCAUGGAUGUUCCGCCGUAGUGCUAGCUCUUCAGUCUUAACCAAGGAGAGAGAAGUGAGGUUAUGGCCCGAAAGUAGAGCUCUUUGAGUGCUAUACAAAGACGGGUAAUACUCGGGCAUGAUUCCUGUUCAUUUAUUCAUUUGUGGUUGUAUUUAAUUGAUUAUGAGAGGAGUGGCAAGGCAGUAGAAGAUGCGAGAAGGAAGAAGUGAGGGGGAAGACGUUGGUCCAACUGGUCUGGUUCUUCACGUCUUCUUUUAGUUUCAGCAAGUCUUGACGCUCUCUAUCGCGACCUUUCAUUCUUUUCAGCUCUCUAUUUUUCUCCACGUCUUCUUUUGAGUUUCAGCAAGUCUUGCAUUUUCUCACAAUUUGAGUUUUGCAUUAUGCAUGUGGCAGGAUCAUAGCGGUGCAUGCAUAGACAGAC